GAUCUUUUUCUGCGUGUUUUGUGAUCGGGGGAAUCAUGAAGAGUCUUCGUUGGCUUUUGUUGUCGUUGUUAUGGUUUGGAGUUUUCCCAAUCAUUCGUUUUGCUGAAGGACAAAAUCAAGAAGGUUUUAUCAGUUUAGAUUGUGGCUUACCUCUAAAUGAGAGUCCUUACAUAGAAUCGGAAACCGGAAUACAAUUCUCAUCAGACGAGAAUUUCAUCCAAAGUGGAAAGACCGGUAGAAUCCCUAAAAAUCUUGAAUCAGAUAAUUUAAAACAGUAUGCGACCGUACGAUACUUUCCAGAUGGAAUACGAAACUGCUAUGAUCUAAGAGUGGAAGAAGGGAGGAACUAUCUUAUUAGAGCUACAUUUUUCUAUGGAAAUUUUGACGGGCUUAAUGUUAGCCCGGAAUUCGAUAUGCAUAUCGGUCCUAAUAAGUGGACAACAAUAGAUUUGCAAAUAGUGCCAGAUGGUACAGUGAAAGAGAUCAUUCACAUCCCAAGAUCAAACUCUUUGCAAAUUUGUCUUGUUAAGACAGGGGCAACUACACCAAUGAUAUCAGCUUUGGAACUACGACCAUUGGCGAGUGAUACUUACAUCGCUAAAUCUGGUUCUUUGAAAUAUUACUCUCGCAUAUAUCUUAGCAAUGCCACCGUUAUUCUUCGGUACCCAAAAGAUGUUUAUGAUCGUUCGUGGGUUCCAUAUUCUCAACAAGAAUGGACACAAAUCUCAACAACUGCAAAUGUGUCCAAUAAAAAUCACUAUGAUCCACCCCAAGCUGCUCUUAAGAUGGCCGCAACACCUACAAAUCUUGAUGCGCCACUGAUGAUGGUUUGGCGUUUGGAGAAUCCUGAUGAUCAAAUUUACUUGUACAUGCAUUUUUCGGAGAUCCAAGUUCUAAAAGCCAAUGACACUAGAGAAUUCGACAUUGUGUUGAAUGGAGAAAAAAUUAACACUAUUGGAGUUGUUAGUCCUAAAUAUCUUGAAAUAAUGACUAGGCUUACAACAAAUCCUAGGCAAUGCAACAGAGGUAUCUGCCGAAUUCAGUUGAUAAAAACCGAAAGAUCGACACUUCCACCUCUACUUAAUGCUUUUGAAGUUUACUCAGUUCUCCAGCUUCCACAAUCUCAGACAAAUGAUAUUGAAGUGGUUGCUAUCAAGAACAUCAAAUCUACUUAUGGACUGAGUAGAAUCAGUUGGCAAGGAGAUCCAUGCGUACCGAAACAAUUCUUGUGGGAUGGAUUGAAUUGUAACAUCACAGAUAUAUCUGUACCACCAAGAAUAAUUUCUUUAAAUUUAUCUUCGAGUGGCUUGAGUGGGACUAUAGUGUCUUACUUACAGAAUCUGACUCAUCUAGAAAGUUUGGAUUUGUCAAAUAACACUUUGAGUGGAACGGUGCCCGAGUUUCUAGCCUCUAUGAAAUCAUUGUUGGUCAUAAACUUGAGCGGGAACAAACUUAGUGGUGCAAUACCUCAAGCUCUUCGCGAUAGAGAAAGGGAAGGGCUAAAGUUAAAUGUCGUCGGAAACAAAGAGCUUUGUCUCUCCGGUACAUGCAUAGAUAAGCAAAAGAAAAAAAUUCCAGUAACGAUUGUUGCACCAGUCGCUUCCAUUGCCGCUAUCGUUGUUGUGAUGAUCCUCCUUUUUGUAUUCAAAAAGAAAAUCUCAUCAAGAAAUAAGCAUGAACCGUGGAUCAAGACGAAAAAGAAAAGGUUUACUUAUUCAGAGGUUAUGGAAAUGACUAAGAAUUUGCAAAGACCUCUUGGUGAAGGAGGGUUUGGCGUUGUUUAUCAUGGUGAUCUAAAUGGCUCAGAGCAAGUAGCUGUUAAACUACUUUCACAAACAUCAGCACAAGGCUAUAAAGAAUUUAAGGCUGAGUUUCCCGAGAAAAUGUCAGGUCGUGGAAAGGGAGGCAAAGGUUUGGGCAAAGGAGGAGCCAAACGUCACAGGAAGGUUCUGAGAGACAACAUCCAAGGAAUCACUAAGCCGGCAAUUCGGAGAUUGGCUCGUAGAGGUGGCGUUAAGCGUAUUAGUGGUCUGAUCUAUGAAGAGACACGUGGCGUUCUCAAGAUCUUUUUGGAGAAUGUUAUUCGUGACGCCGUUACUUACACUGAGCACGCACGGAGGAAGACGGUGACUGCUAUGGAUGUUGUUUAUGCUCUUAAGAGACAAGGAAGGACUCUUUAUGGAUUCGGCGGUUAGGGUUUUAGCGUUUUUAAGUGUUUUCUAGGAUUUGCCUUUAGCGAUUUCAUUUGGAAUUUCAGAUCGGUUUGUAUUCGCGUUUGCGUUGUAAUGUUGUUUGGGAUAAAUAUUCGCGGUUGCG